GUCUUGCUACACGUGAAAAUCGCACAAUAUACUCUCACUUUCACCCUGCCGGGGUUGGUUAAAGAUCGAAACGCCGCCCUGCUUUUCUCCCCUUCUUCCUCUCUUCUUCGUCGCUCACAGGUUUCAAAAGUUAAAACCAUCCAUUAAUCUAGCUUCACAAAUUCUAGCCACCAACACAUCUAUCUCUGCUCGGUAGCCAUGGCGAAGAGACUGUUAAUCUUUGUCUGUCUGCUCUAUUGGGUUGCAAGAAACGCUUUCUCGAUGGGGAAUGAUGGGUUUAUUUUCAGUGGGUUUGGAGGUGACGCCGCCAGGGCGAACAUGACUCUAGAUGGGGCUGCUGAGAUCGAGAAGAAUGGCAUUCUGAAGCUCACCAACACCACGGCCAGGCGAUUCGGCCACGCCUUCUAUUCAAACCCCAUCAAUUUCAAGAACCCAAAUAGUGGAAAAGCUUUCAGCUUUUCUACUGCUUUUGCUUUUGGGAUUGUUCCCCAGUUUGAGAAGCUUGGGGGGCAUGGUUUUGCGUUUGUGAUUUCAAGAAGCAGGGAGCUUAAAGGGGUGCUCCCAAGCCAGUAUUUGGGGCUUCUGAACGCCACUGAUUUUGGGAAUUUCUCCAACCAUUUGCUGGCGGUUGAGUUCGACACGGUUCAAGAUUUUGAGUUUGGGGAUAUCAGUGAUAACCAUGUUGGGGUUGAUAUCAACAGCAUGGUCUCAAAUGCCUCAGCAAAUGCCAGCUUUUUCCCUGAUGGGGAGGAAAAUCCAACAAAGGAGAACAUCUUUCUGCAGUGUGGCAACACAAUUCAGGCUUGGGUUGACUAUGAUUCCUCCAAGAAUGAAUUGAAUGUCACACUUUCACUCUCCUCCACAAAGCCAGAUUUCUCAGUCCUCUCAUUCCAGGCAGACCUCUCACCAAUUCUAGAGGAGAAUAUGUUUGUGGGCUUCUCUGCUUCAACUGGUGUGCUUGCUAGCGCUCAUUAUAUCUAUGGAUGGAGCUUCAAGAUGAAUGGCCAAGCUCAAUCCUUAGAUCUAUCUUCACUGCCCUCUCUCCCUGCUCCCCCUAAGACUCAUAUGCCCAUGAUUUUGGCCACAUCCUUGUCUUCUGUGACUUUUCUUGUAGUCAUUGCUUGCAUUGUUGUGUACACAAUCUUUAGGCUCAAGAACUUGGAUGUGAUUGAGCCUUGGGAGCUUGAAGUAGGCCCUCAUAGGUUCAAAUAUGAGGAGCUCAAGAAAGCAACAAAAGGGUUCAGGGACAAAGAGCUGCUUGGGUUUGGUGGAUUUGGGAAGGUGUAUAAAGGGACUUUGCCUAAAUCCAGAACUGAAGUUGCUGUCAAGAGAAUUAACCAUGAUGCGAAGCAAGGUUUAAGAGAAUUCGUGUCGGAGAUUGCUAGUAUUGGCAGGCUUAGGCAUAGAAAUCUAGUGCAGUUGCUUGGAUGGUGUCGACGAAGGGGCGAUCUUUUGCUUGUUUACGAUUUCAUGCCUAAUGGGAGCUUGGAUAAGUAUCUUUUCGAUGAGCCUAAGGCGGUUUUGACAUGGGAGCAAAGGCUCAAGAUCAUCAAAGGGGUAGCUUCUGGGCUGCUGUAUUUGCAUGAAGAGUGGGAGCAGACUGUGAUCCACAGAGAUGUAAAAGCAGGGAAUGUGCUGUUAGACUCAGAGAUGAAUGGCAAGCUUGGAGAUUUCGGGCUGGCCAAGCUAUACGAACGAGGCGAAAACCCAGGCACUACGAGGGUCGUGGGCACAUUGGGAUACCUAGCCCCCGAGCUGACCAAGACCGGGAAGCCUAGCACGAGCUCAGACGUGUUCGCCUUUGGGGCACUAGUCCUGGAAAUCGUGUGUGGGAGGCGGCCUAUCGAGCAGAAAGCCCUGCCAGAGGAGCUGAUCCUGGUGGAAUGGGUGUGGGAUAAGUGGCAGCAAGGCGCAAUUCUUGAAGUUGUUGACCCGAGGCUGAAGGGUGGAUACGACGAAGUUGAAGGUGUGAUCCUGCUAAAACUCGGGCUCGUGUGCUCCAACAGUGACCCGGAGAAGAGGCCUACAAUGAGGCAGGUGAUGAGAUACUUAGAAGGGGAUGCAGCCCUGCCAGAGAGUGUGGAGUCCCCAAAUGAAUAUGGGAAGAAAGAUGGCAAUGGUGGCAUGGAGUUUGGUGACUUUCUGUCAUCUUAUCCACCUUCUUCUUUCUAUGAGAACACAUGGUCAUCUGAGGUUGCAAUUUCACCUGCUCCUUGAUACCUUCUAUUUUCUGCAUUUUAUUCUUCAACCCCAUUGUAGAUUAUGGAUUUUGGCUUGUAAAUGCAGAAAUAUUGGAAUCAUCAUCCCUUCUCUCUCAGUUUUAAAAAACAAAAUAUAGGAUAUUCCCUUUUGUUGCA